AUGAUAGGCCACAUUCUUAUUGCUGUCCUAGCAAUCAGCGGUUGCUAUGGAAUGUAUUCCAAGAAAGAUGACGUAAUUGAGCUGACAGCAUCCAAUUUCGACUCAAAAGUCUUAAAAUCUGACGAUAUUUGGAUUGUUGAGUUCUAUGCACCAUGGUGCGGACAUUGCAAAAAUCUUGUUCCCGAGUACAAAAAAGCUGCCACCGCACUCAAAGGAAUCGCCAAGGUUGGAGCCGUUGAUAUGACCCAACAUCAAUCAGUGGGAUCGCCGUACAACGUGCAAGGAUUUCCGACUCUCAAGAUUUUUGGAGCCGAUAAGAAGAAACCUGUUGAUUUUAACGGGCAACGAACUGCUCAAGCAAUAACCGAUGCGAUUUUUGCUGAAGCCAAGAAGACUGUGUCGGCUCGUCUUGGUGGAAAAUCUGGAGGAAGCAGCAGCGGAGGAUCUGGAAAGCGCGGUGGAAGCGGAGGCAACGAUGUUGUCGAGCUUACUGACUCCAACUUUGAAGAGCUCGUAUUGAACAGCAAGGAUAUGUGGCUUGUCGAGUUCUUUGCUCCAUGGUGCGGACACUGCAAGAACUUGGAGCCACACUGGAAGGCGGCAGCUUCGGAACUUAAAGGAAAGGUCCGCCUUGGUGCUCUAGAUGCUACCGUCCAUACAGUUAUCGCCAACAAAUUCGGAAUUCGCGGAUUCCCAACCAUCAAGUAUUUCGCUCCUGGAUCUAGUGCUUCUGACGCGCAAGAUUAUGAUGGAGGACGUACCACAUCGGAUAUCGUCAACUGGGCAAACAGUCGUGCACAAGAAAACCUUCCACCGCCAGAGGUUCUUGAAGGAUACAACCAGGAGAUUGUCGAAGGAGCCUGCAAGGAUAAGCAACUUUGCAUUUUCGCCUUCUUGCCUCACAUUUUGGACUGUCAAUCGAAGUGCAGAAAUGAUUACAUCGCUCUUCUCAAGGAGCAAGCUGAGAAAUUUAAGAAGAAUCUUUGGGGAUGGAUCUGGGUUGAGGGAGGUUCUCAACCAGCUCUUGAGGAAGCUUUUGAGGUUGGAGGCUUCGGAUACCCAGCAAUGACGGCUUUCAACGCACGAAAAAACAAAUUUGCCGUUCUUAAAGGAUCCUUUGGAAAGGAAGGGAUUCACGAGUUUCUUCGCGAUCUUUCUUAUGGAAAGGGAAGAACAUCUUCAAUUAGAGGCGACAAAUUCCCAACAGUCCAAACUCAAGAGAAAUGGGAUGGAAAGGACGGAGCUCUUCCUGUUGUUGACGAUAUCGAUCUUUCUGACGUUGAUCUUGACAAAACCGAACUUUGA